AUGGGAAAUAAUAAUAGCUAAGAAUCCACUAAGCUAGCCCAGUUGUAUUCUGAAUAUCAACCAACCAAAACUAGAGAUGAAUAAUUUGGAGAUUGCACAGUCCUAGUUAAUAAAUCAAAUCCCAAACUCAAACUUAUUUUGAAAGAGUACACAUACACUGAUGAGACUCUUUUUAAGAAAAGCAAAAAGCAAUUCGAAAAUAAACAAUAACUAAUUCAAAAUCAAUACAUUCUCAAAAUUCUUGACAUCUACACUACCUAAGAUCAAUAGGUGUGUAGUCAGUUUUUUAAAGUAUACAUAUUGAUAGAGCAUCCUACAUCCUAAUUAUCUGCAACAUAAUUGGCUCCCCAAGAUUAUUGGGCGGUUUUGUUUGGAUAUGUUAGAGCACUCGAAGACUUAUAAACUAAAUCCAUAUAGCAUGAACAUAUCUCAUCAAAAACCCUAUACUUACCUCCUAAAAUAUGUGAUCCUUCCCUCUAUGAGCAAUCCACCAAUUUUUAACAGCUCUUCCAAAACAAUAAACUCAACGAUCUUUAUCUAUCACCCCAACAAACCAUGGCUCUAAGAUAAAAGGAGUUUCAACCUCACCACAAUCCAUACAAGAGUGAUGUAUUUAUACUUGGAAUGUGCAUGCUAUAGAGUAUCUUGAAGACCCCAAUGAAUGAUUGUUAUAAACAAUUGUAUUUGGUCGAAGAAGUGCUUCUAACCAAAUUACACCAAUUAAACACUCUUGUACAACCCUAAUUAUUUGAGGUCAUUCAAUCUAUGUUAUCAAUCUAAGAAACUUAAAGACCUGAUUUUAUUGUCUUAUCAAAAUUAUUAGACUAAAAAUAUUAAGAAUCAGCAUCUAUUACUAAUUUUAAGUACUAACUUAGAUCAUUUAAUACAUUCGAUCAAUCAUAAUAAAGUUCUAUUCAAUAAAAUUCAUAACAUCAAUCCAAUGUCCAAUAAUCAACUCUUCCCAUUAUGAAAUAAAUCAAAAGUUCAAAAUCUAAUACAAAUGCAAAAAAACCAUCGCUCAGAGAUAUUCUUACUGAACAGUCUAAUACAAAUUCCACCAUGGCCAGUAGAAUGUAAGAAGAUGUAGUGUUGCCUAAUCCACCUGAUUGUUGCGAUUUUGUGUAAUAAAUAGUGCACUCUCAAUAAAUUUCUAAACCUUCAAAAAUUGAUGAGAAUACAGAUAAUAAUGAAAUUGAAAAUGAAAAUAAUGACAAUUACACCAAUAGAUCCUAAAAUAUGCCACUAUAGGAUCACACUGAUUAGCAUGUUAAUAAGAAUUUCUAAUUAAAACUCAGCGAUAUUAAUGUAAAAGAAUCUCAACAACAAUUUUCCCUCCCAUUUGAUCUACCUUAAUAAUAGCCAUAACCUCAUAUUUCAGGGUUCUCUUCUUAAGGGGAAAUAUUUGUAAAUGAAUAGUAUCAAGAUGGCUCCAAAUAUAAUGGUUAUAAAUUCAAUGGGAUGAGACAUGGACAGGGUAUGUUUUAUUACAAAGAUGGAGGAUAUUACGAUGGAAAUUGGCAGUUUAAUCACAUGCAUGGCUACGGCACUUUAUAUUAUUCAAAUGGUAAUCCAGCUUAUAAAGGAUCGUGGAAUUAAGAUAAAUUCUAAGGUUAUGGAGUAUUAUAUAACGAAGUGACUUCUUAAUUAAAUGAACCUUUCAAUUAUCAUGAUUUUGAUCAUAUUGAAGAUUUUUGGACCAAAUACGAAGGAGAGUUUAAUGAUGAUAACAAAGAAGGCCAAGGCACUUUAUAUUUAUCCAAUGGCGAAAAGUUUUGUGGCCAAUUUUUAAAGGAUUAUAUAAAUGGAUUUGGUUUAUAUCAUACUAAAAACUAAAAGAUUGUUGAAGGCAGAUGGGUCAAUAAUAAAUUAAUUAAGUGA